AUCAACUCUAGUCCUGACCGGAUCCCCUCAGCUUAUCAAAUCUUUCAAAAUGAAGUUCAUCGCUCUCUUGGCCCUGUUCGCCAGUGCACGAUGUGCAAUCAUUCCGGCUGGAAAUACUGCACCCGAGUCCGGUUCCAAUCUUGAGAAACGAGCCUCUUGCAAUGUCUGUGUUACAACCGUACAGGGUUCAUCAACAACAGUAUGGGGCCGUGAAAUUCCAUAUGACCAAGGUGGCCUCACCUCGCGAGGUAUCUACGUUGGCUGUGACGCUCAUAUCGAUCGCAAACGAACAACAAACUGUGCGCAGUGGAGUGUUUGGACGUCUGGAACUUGUGGGACGGUUACAAAGCACCAAACAUGUUAAUGGUGACGGCUGGUACAGGUCAACCUUUUCUUUCUCUCUUCCUGGAUGCUACGGUAGAUGUAGCUCAUAAUCACCACUUAAUUCAAUAGAUAUUAGAUACAAUAAAGACUGCCUACACUGCAAAUCUUGCGUCCAUCUCAAUAACGGACAGUCCCGUAAAUAGCCGAGCAAAAUGCGGACCGGUGAUUUGUGGCGUUCAUCCGCGUCGAGUCCAUCACCGGUUUCUGUCAGGUCCGUCUCAUUGCGACCCC